AUGAAGGUCUCAUGCUUGAACAGAACUGCAGAUCAAGAAUAUCCAGGUUUCUUACAUUUUAAGGAUCAGAACCAUGAAAUCCAUGAAACUUUUCGGAUGUCUCUUAUUAUGGAGUCUUUAUUUCCAUCAAAUUUCGUCACAGCUGACCUGAACAUUCAUAUGUACUGUGUGUGGAUCUCAGAAGAACAGCGGUCUGCCAAGCCAAGUUUUGACAUAUCGGCUCAAUCUCAAGUGGUUCAAGGAUAUGACUGUUCAGAUAUAUGGCAACGAAAUAAUCUUACUACCAGUGGAAUAUACAUGAUAAAACCAAAGGAAGCUGAGUUCUCUUUCCCGGUAUACUGUGAAAUGUCUUUAAAUGGUGGCUGGACUCUAAUCCAAAAACACAAUGGAGUCGAUGGAUUAAGCUUUGAGAAAACGUGGGAAGAGUAUGAAAAUGGAUUUGGCGAUCUUCAAGGUGAACACUGGCUUGGGCUCAGGUACAUUUACGCCCUGACAAACCAGAUAGGAAAACCCUCCAAACUGCACAUCAGCAUCGGAGACUUUGGUGACCAAGAAGCCUAUGCAAGAUAUGAUUCCUUUGUCAUAGCCAAUGCAAGCAGCUACUAUAAAUUGUCAGCAGGAAAUUACUCGGGUACAGCCGGAGAUGCCUUCCUUGGAAAUGGAAGAAACGGCACCAGUCAGCACAGCAGCGCAUUUAGCACUGAAGAUCUUCCUAACGACAACUGUCACCCAUUAUGUGCACUUGGGGACAUCAUGUAUCUCAGCUGUAGCGAACAAUUCAGUGCUGGCUGGUGGUUUAACGCUUGUGGAUCCGCAAAUCUGAAUGGUGUUUGGCGCUCACCACCGAGAUAUAAACGUUGGGUCUCAUCUGUGUCAUGGCCAACAUGGAGACUCGGUGAGUCUCUGAAAUUCAGUCAAAUGUAUGUGAUCCACAAGUAG